AUGACGGCAUUGACCUUGACCCAGCAAUCCGUCAAGCAGCGUCCUGACCACUUGGCAGUGAGCUACCUCACGCUGGAGCGCACCGUGGGCUGGCUGACCUACCGGCAGGUAUGGUAUCUUGCUGGGCUGAUCGCUCGUUGCCUCGGCGGCAGCGUCUUGGCAGUGGCCAUCGACGAUGGUCCCUACCUGGCAUUGGCAGAGCUUGCUGGCUGGCGCAGGGGCAUGGUCCUGGUGCCCUUGGAUCCGCACGACCCCGUGGCGCGGCUGCGGCACGUGGCCGCCGAAGCGGGGGCCUCCUGCAUCGUGACCAAAGACUGGGGCGAUGCAAAGAAGUUGGCAGAUGCUGCUGAGGUGGAAGUCAUCGAUCUGAGCCUGGCAGUGCCCCUAUCCGAGCUCUCAGAGCAGGAGCUGCAGGAGCCGCAUGAGCAGGACCCGGAGCCGGAGUGUGACCCCGAAUCCGUUGCAUACAUGUGGUUCACGAGCGGCUCAACGGGGCAACCCAAGGGGGUCUUGAUAUCUCACCGAGCUUUCAGAAACUGGUGUGUAGUCAAAAACCCACCUCAGCGCAUUACAGAGAAAAGCGUCGUGCUGAUUGCAUCCGCGUCCACGUUCGAUCCAUCCAUUGGUGACAUCUUCGCGACCUGGGCCGUGGGUGGCACUGUGGCAGUGGCGCCUCGCAUGCUUUUCUUCGCCAACCUCGGGUGGGCCCUUGAGCGACUGGCCGUGACGCAUGUGACCUGCACGCCCUCUCUGUGGCAGUCCCUGGAGCCAGGGCCGCUCGAUCUCACCGGACUCACCGUGUGCCUGGGUGGCGAGCGAGCGCCGCAGCCCUUGCUGGACCAUUGGGCACCCAAGCUGACGCUGCUGAACACCUACGGCACAACGGAGUGCACCGUUUGGCAGACGCUGCGGCGCAUGAACUUGGGGGACACGGCAACCCUGGUGGGCCGCCCCUACGAGGGAAAUGAGAUUGGGAUCCUGGAGCGUGAUGGCACUACUGCAAUGCCGGCUGGGGAAGUGGGUGAAAUCGUGCAAGGUGGGGUUCAAGUUGGGAUCGGCUACUACCGGCGUCCAGAGCUGACCGCCCAGAAGUUCCCCGAGCUGCAGGGCAAGCGCUGGUACCGCACCGGCGACGGUGGCCGCCUGCGGGGCUCGCGGGAGCAGUCGGAUUUGGAGCUGGAGGUGGUCGGCCGCUUUGAUAGCCAGGUGAAGAUCCGGGGCAUGCGCGUGGAGUUGGGAGAAAUCGAGGCAGGUGUCGUCAAGUCCUCUGCUGGCUUACUCAGCAACUGCGCGGUCAAGCUCCGAGACACCUUCUUGGUGGCCUACUGUCAGGUUUCCUCAGCUGCGGCUGUCAUGAUGCACGAGCCAUACUGUAUUCUUCCCGUGGUGAGCGACUUUCUGUUGCAGCGAGCCUCCCACGAGCUGCCCCGGCAUAUGCUGCCCAGCAAGUUCGUGCUGAUGCAGAGGCUGCCUUUGACUCCCAACGGGAAGGUGGAUGGCAAGUCGUUGCCGGAAGCAGUCGACUGUGUCUCCACUUCAUCUGCACCACUUACCAGCUUGGAGCGGGUGGUUGCGGGAGUGUGGGAGGAAGUUCUGGGCCGAAAAGGAGUUGGUCCGAAUGACCACUUCCUGGCUUUGGGUGGCCACUCCAUGUCGGUCCUCCAGGUGUCACGGCGGCUGUUGAAGUUGGCUGCCGCGACUGGCCAGGACGUGAGCCCCGCCAGUGCCUGGGGCAUUUUGUUGUCGCCGGAGAAGCUGAUCCACUCCCCACGCCUGCGGCUCUACUGCCAGAUGCUGGCGCGGGGCGGUGUUCGCUUCUGGGAUUCUGCGGAGGCUGCUGAGCCUGUGAAGGAGGAAGAUGCGGCAGACCUGCGCAUCAACUACAUCAAGCACAAGGUCAAGCGAGAUGUGGAGCUGGAUCACGCUGCGUGGGAGCAGGUGCCGCAAGGCGGAGCUGGGCUGAUGCUUUGUCGGGCAGCUGAGGUGGGGCUGCUGCCGCUUCUGCAGCUGUUGUUGGCUGAGGCCCCGGUGGAAGGCACGCUGGAGGGCGAAUACGGCAGACACGGCUCCACACCGCUGAUAUUGGCGGUGAUGGGCAAUCAUGUGUGCUGCGCUGAAGAGCUGCUGAGCCAUUCUGCAGCUCCGGACCAAAGAGAUGCCCACGGCGCGCCGGUGCUGCACAAAGCGGCGGAACGCUGCGGGGAGCGCAUGGUGUCGUUGCUGCUGGAGGCACGGGCAGAGGUGGAGGCCGUGGACACAGCCACCCGCAGCACAGCGUUGCACGCUGCAGCAAAGGCGGGCAACGUGGCUACUCUGGGUGAGCUCCUGCGACGCUCGGCCAGCACAGCUUGGCUGGACCGCUGGAAUCGCACGGCCCUGCAUUGGGCGAUUUUCCAUGGGCACGUGGAGAUCUCCGAGGCUUUGCUGCAAGCUGGCGCAGAGCUGUCGGGCACGCUCGGGGAACAGGGCGGGCGCAUCCUGAUGGCGCCGAAGCCUUGUGGAAAUCUGCCGCGCCGGGUGUCCAAACAGGUCAGUGCGUUCGUGACACCCGCAGCUUUGGCCAAAGAGCUCUUUUCUGACGGCCCCAUGCUCGAGCUCCUUGCGGGAUAUGUCGAGAGCCAGCGGGAUGCACCUGAAGCUGAGCCACGGCCAGCGAGCGGCGAUGCAGAGUCGAAGAAAGGCCGCAUGCGUCAGCAGGGAAUGGGCAGUCGGCCUCGCAGAGAGCCUCCCGGCCAAGCCGAGCCGCCGCUCCCACAGUUGCUUCUCUUGCAGGGUUUUAGCCAUGCACCGGCUGCCAGGCCACAACUGACCCCAGAGGAGGAGGAGACUUUGCACCGUGAAAUUCUGAAAUGUGAAGCUGAGCGGCGCGGUUUUCAGGAGCAACAGCGGCAGCAGGAGGCGGGAAGCUCGGGAAGCUCGGGAAGCUCGGCCAUUUGGCAGAUCUGUGCACCCGAGCGGCCCGAGCGUGAGGAGCGGCGCCGCCAGGAGGAGGCGCCGGCCAUCACCGGCCUCUCCCAAACGCAAAGUCCGCUCGCAGGUCCUGGCACGGCUCCAGGCGUGUGGCUGCGUUUGCGCCGGCGUCGCGGGCCCGAGUCUCAGAGUCUCAGAGCUCCCAGCCUGGUGCGCUCGGGUGCGCUUGCAGAUGCCUGCCGACGCGCCCCACGGGUAGCCAAGGGCAAUGGCGAGUCCGUCCCCAUGAUGAGUUGGACGGGGCAUAAUGUUGCGUUCCAGGCCAGCCGAAAUCUGGCAGCCAGGCGCUUCCUCGCUGGCACGCCUGCGCAGGGAGCACAGCUGCCAGCGGCUGCCAGCCUGCGCCGUUCGAGCCACGCCAGCCAUAAGGCAGCUGCGCUGGGCGAGGGGCGCGUGCUCGUGGUCGGAGGGUUCGACGAGUUCGGGCUGCCGCAGAAGACCACAGAGAUUGUGGACUUCGUGACAGGCUUUGUUGAGCCCGGCCCGACUCUGCUGCGGUCCUUGCCCAGGGCUGGGGCUGCGGCUGUGGCCUUGCCUCUGCCGGAGCUGGAUCCAGAGCCCAUCCCUCAGACGGUCCUGGUGGUUGGCGGAUACGGCCCAGAUGCCGGCAAGAGCUGUGAAGUACUGGACCUGCAGGCAGGAGAUGCGCUCACACCCGGGACCGCAGCUCUUGACACGGCGCGCAUGCUGCGUAGCUGCGAUGCCUGGUACGGCGACAGUGAGGUGCUGAUUGCGGGCGGGCCUGGUGUGAGCAGCACCGAGCUCAUCAACCUCUACGACCUGAAGCCCACGGCCACGGCAGAGCCGAACUUCCAGGACAGGAUGGGCCAGGCUCGAGGUGAGCGCAGCCCUCGUCGGGAUGCAAAUGAGAAGAUCAUCGAUGGCCGUCGCAUUGCUGCAGCCCUUUGUCGGGAUGUGAGGACAGCAGCGGGGGAGCUCCAGAGCAAGUACGGCAUCACCCCUGGCCUGGCCAUCAUCGAGGUGGGGAACCACAACUACGGGCAGCUGCUGGACUGCUUCAGCACCUUGGACGGCCCGGAGAAGCUGGAGGAGCACAAGGCCGACAAGGCGGACAAGGAGCACAAGGCGAGCUUCUCGAACUACGGGGAGCUGAAGGCCAAGAUGGCGGAGCGCUGCGGCCUGCACGCCCAGAUCCUGCGCUUCAGCGAGACGGUGAGCCAGGCGCGGCUGCUGAGGAUCAUCGGCGGCCUCAUGGCGGACGACUGCAUCCACGGGAUUCUGGUGGAGCUGCCGCUGCCGCAGCACCUCAACGAGAUGGAGAUUAUGCAGGCCAUCGGCCCCUCAAAAGACGUGGAUGGCCUGGCCUUCGCGAAUCUGGGCCGCUUGCUGGCGAGCGGGGGGUACCAGUCUGGCGCCGAGCCUUACAGCCGUCCGACUGUGCCUAUGGGUGUUGUGGAGUUGCUGCUGCGGUCGAAGGUGGACCUCUACGGGAAGCAUGCAGUGGUGCUCGGGCGCUCCAUUACGGUGGGCGCCCCCAUCGCGACGCUUCUGAUGGCACAUGACUGCACUGUCACCAGCUGCCACAGCCAGACGCCUGGGCUGCAGGACCAUAUUGGCCGAGCAGACAUCCUGGUGUCUUGUGCUGGCCGGCCAGGAUUUGUGAAGGGCCAGUGGUUAAAGCCAGGAGCUGUCGUGAUUGACGUCGGGAUGAAUGUGGUUGCAGAUGCGGCGAAGGGGACCCCGCGCAUCGUGGGGGACGUGUGCUUCGAUGAUGCGGUGAAGGUGGCGUCCAAGAUCACCCCGGUACCGGGGGGCAUGGGUCACAUCUCCUUUGCGAUCUUGCUGCGCAACGUGCUGAACCUGGCCCGCACGGCGGCCUCUUUGACGCGUCUGGGCAUCGGGCCUUCGGGCCACGAGAUGUUCCGCUGCGCGGACCGGCUGCGCUUCCCGGAUCUGGGGCUCAAGGUGCCGCGGGUGCUGCUGCCCCGGGCCGGGCUGGACCUCAGCAAGUGGUGCGUCAUCGCCUGCGACCAGUACACCUCGCAGCCAAAGUACUGGAAAGAGGUGAAGGACUUGGUGAAGGAUGCCCCCUCCACGCUGAACCUCAUCUUCCCAGAGGUGUACCUGGGCGACCAAAAGGCCAACCAGCAGAUCAUCCGAGGCAUCCGGGACAAGAUGUAUGAGUACGACCGGGACCGGAUCCUGGUACCACAGCACCCCGGCUUUGUGCUCAUCGACCGGAAGACGCCUCACGUGGCUAGCCGCAAGGGUCUCUUGGUGGCGCUGGACUUGGACAUGUACAGCUUCGAGAAGAACUCCCAGACUUUGAUCCGACCCACCGAGAAGACGAUCCCCGAUCGGCUCCCGCCCCGCAUUGCCAUCCGCGAGCAAUCCCCACUGGAGCUGCCCCACAUCCUGGUGUUGGUGGACGAUCCUCAGCAGACGGUGAUCGAGCCGUUGAUGGCACGUGCCGACACCUUCCCCAAACUCUACGACUUUGAGCUGAUGAAGGGCAGUGGCCAUCUCAAGGGCUGGCAUGUGGCAAUGAGCGAUGCCGUGGAUGGUGUCGUUUCAGCUUUGCGCAAGCUGGCAUCGCCGGAGAACUUCAAGAAAAAGUAUGGCGCAACGGAUGACCAUGGCGUCAUCCUUUUCCCAGUGGGUGAUGGCAACCACUCAUUGGCGACAGCGAAGCAGUGCUGGGAGAACCUGAAGCGGAAGGGGGCGGAUCCGGAGACGCACCCGGCGCGGCACGCGCUGGUGGAGCUGGUGAACAUCCACGACCCCGGCAUGACCUUCGAGCCCAUCCACCGCCUGGUCUUCAACGUGGACGUGGACGCGGCGCUUUCGAACCUGCAGAGCUGCUUGCAGCAGAGCGGCUGCCCGGUGCAGGUGCUGGAGGGCGCCAGCCUGGCCAGCACGCCGGCGCAGCCGGGCACUCACCACAUCGAGUUCCGGUCCCAGAAGCGGAGGGGCGUGCUGGCCGUGAAGGCCCGAAUGGUGCUGGAGGCGGCCACGCUCACCGCCUGGUUGGACCCCUACUUGGCCCAGAACCCUGCGGCCUCCGUGGACUACGUGCACGGGGAGGAGGUCAUCACAGAGAAGACCCAGGACAAGUCCACCUUGGCCUUCCUGCUGCCCAUCAUGGACAAGAACGACCUGGUGAAGACUGUGGUAAAAGAGGGGGUGCUCCCUCGCAAGACCUUCUCCAUGGGCGCGGCAGAUGAGAAGCGCUUCUACUUCGAGUGCCAGCGCAUCGUGCCGGAGUUCACUUUCUUCAAAUCCGACUUCUUCCGGCGCGGCAGUGUGUCAGUUCCUCUUAGUGAGAAGUGA